AUGGCCGAAGGCCAUAGUGGAUAUGAUGGAUCAGUGCGGAGUUAGGACAAAGGCAUAUCGGAGACUGCAGGAGCUGGAGCGUGAAUUCAAGUGUGACGACAUCACGUUAACUUUCACGCAAGAAGGAAAACCGCUCCACGGAAUUCUCGACAGAGCGAUCAAAGGAAGAAUUCGCGAGGUUGAAACAAACCCCACCAAACUGGAAGCAGUCGAUAACGAGAUCAAAGGACUUCUGGACAUGGAUUUCGCAGAACCGGCACGGCCCAGGAAAAACUUCGAGCUCGCACACUAUCUUCCAGUCCAAGCGGUCUUCAAGACGAAUCCGGAGGCAGCUUCGGGCCUCAAAACACGACUAGUUAAGGACGCAAGCGCGAGGCAGUCGAAUCUGGCGGGGCUGAAUGAUGUAUUACAUCAAGGCCCUAACCUCCUGCCCGACAUUGUUAAGGUGAUCUUCAACUUCAAAAAAUACAAAUUCGCCCUGACAGCAGACAUAGAAGGAGCCUUCCAACAGUUCAAAAUAGCGGAUGACGACAGGACGUUCCUGCGCUUCAAAUGGCCCCUGGGAAUCAGUUCCAACCCGCAAGCUAAGAUCCAGGAGUUCUGGGCAAAUCGACUCGACUUCGGGUUGGGUCGAAUGCCUCUGAAAAAAUGGUCAUCCAACUCGCAACAUCUCGGAAAUUUCAUCAAGAAGCACUCUCCGGUCACGGACCCCGUAGUUUCAUAUGACCAAGUCAGCGCAAAAUUUAUCGGUAUACCAUGGAAUCAAACCACAGACCGUUUGUCGGUACCCAAAGAAAAAGCCUUGAAGAUAUUGGUCGCGGGCGAACCGACGAAGAGGAAGCUUCUUAAGGGUUUAGCAUCAGUAUUCGAUCCGCUAGGAAUCAUAGCUCCCCUCACCAUCAACGCAAAAAUCCUACUCCAAGAGACAUGGAAGCUAAAACUGGGCUGGGAAACUCCGCUCUCAGGACAAGACGCGACUAAAUACGAAGCAAUAAUCGGACAACUUCAAAAUGCAGACCUACUGUCGAUCCCACGACAGAUGAUCCGCUCAGCAGUCAAAGAGCGCACUCUACACAUCUUCUGUGAUGCUUCGCUGAGGGCCUACGGAUGCGUCGCAUAUUUGAGAGAACAAGCCCCGGGCGAUAAUCCGGUCACGUCCUUCAUUAUGUCAAAAGCAAGAGUAGCCCCGGUGAAACAGAUGACUAUACACCGUCUCGAACUGCUGACCGCGCUCAUUGGAGCAAGGAUGAGCAAAUCUAUCGUCUCUUUCAUCGGCACGGCCGCGAUACAUACACAUUUCUACACCGACAAUUCGAGUGUCAUCGGCUGGAUCCGCUCUAAGCCAGGAAAAUUCAUACCCUUCGUCGCGAAUAGAGCAGCGACCAAAGAAUUAUGGUUCUCGGGACCGUCAUGGCUCAAAUUACCGGACGAGGAACUACACUCGAAGAUGAAGGCGGAGAACGCAGCACUUUCCCCGAAAGAAAACGUCAUGGAAGACGAAUCGUACUUCAAAGGGGGUCUGGGGAACCAGGGGGAAAAGCCGAAAAAGUCGAGCGCACUCUUUCAAUACAACCCGAAAAUUGAUAAGGACGGCGUAAUUCGAUGUAGCACUCGUCUCAUCAACUCGAAUGACCUUUCGUCGGAUCAAAAGGAACCUAUAAUACUCCCAGACCGCAAUCUGUCCCGACUCGUCUUGAAGGAUAUACAUGAAUGCAAAUGCUUCCAUUUUGGAGGAGUCAACGCAAUCCUUCAUCGCUUGAGACAAAACUUUCUUAUGAUCCACGCUCGGCGCCAAGCAAGAGACACUAUCAGAGAAUGCGCGACCUGCAAGAUCUUAAAUGCAGAAGCCGCUCAGCUACCCAUCGCAAACCUUCCUCACUUCCGCAUCGAGCGCUCGGCGCCUUUCGGCUAUACCGGCUGCGACUUCUGCGGUCCAAUAAGAUACAAGAAGGACUCAGGGGAGGCGGGAAAAGGGUACAUUUUGCUGUUUACCUGCUGCGUGACAAGAGGAAUCAAUAUUCAAAUCACGACAGACUUGUCCACGGCAGAAGUCCUCGGGGCUCUUCAAAAAUUCGUCAACAGAUAUCCGUAUGUCAAACAAAUAAUCAGCGACAUCGGGACCUCGUUUGUCCGUGCGGCAAAAGAGCUGAAAACUCUUUACGAACACAUUAGAGACCCCGAGAUAAGACGCUGGCUCGCUGACUCAUUCGUCGAGUGGAGAUUCAACCCACCAUCCAGCCCCUGGUUCGGGCGCUUUUUCGAAAGACAAGCGCAAACAAUCAAAAGACCUUUGAGGAAGGUCCUCGGGACGAACGUUCCACAUUUCAGAGACCUCGAAGUCAUCCUGUCCGGCAUAGAAGCAAUGGUCAAUCAGAGACCAAUCACAACAGUAGAUUCGGGCACGGAUGAAAGCGAGGCCCUCAGCCCGGCAGAUCUCAUGUUCGGAUAUAAAACGACGGCGAUAAGAAGCCUAAAACAAAGGGGGAAGCCGACCAAAUAA